CAUGCCUAUCGAUCUAACAAGUAAAGUAGUCUUUAGCCGUGAUUUCACAUUUGUCUCUGUUUCCAAAUUACUUUUAGGACUGCAAUGCCUUUAUCCGGAGCACAGUUGUCUAUUUUAUUUUUAAUUAUCUGUUGCAUAUUUACGGGGACAUUUGCCUGUUUCAUAAGAAACUGCCCGCCCGGUGGGAAACGCUCGGUGGAAGUGGACACUCCAAAUGAACGACAGUGCAUGUCAUGUGGGCCAGGGAACACAGGCCAGUGUGUAGGACCGGACAUCUGUUGCGGUGAUUUCGGCUGUAUGAUGGGGACGCGUGAGGCCGCGGUGUGCGAGAAGGAGAACGAAAACACGGUGCCGUGCGUCACGAGAGGAGAGGUGUGCGGAUCACGUGGACAGGGCAGGUGUGUGGCCGAUCAAAUCUGCUGUGACGCAGGUGCUUGCUCAUUUAACCACAAGUGCAAAAGACGAGAUUCCGAGAAACUGCGCACAACAAGAGAAGAACUUCUGCAACUUGUUCAGAAAUUACUUCAUUCAAAAAACUACAAUUAGGACUUCCGCUGAAACGGGAGAGGUAUUUUAUGAAAUGAGGAGGAAAUCUGGAAUGUUUCAAAGAUGGUCUAAAAGCCGGAAGAUAAUAUUGAGUGUGUUUUGCUGAAUUCGUUAACUGGAAUCGUUUAUUCGGCCACUGCCACAUCUUAUCUGAAUUACUCACUGAUCUAAUACAGCUGAACUGCUCUUUCAAUCUAGUUUACAAACUCUACUGCACCUAACGUUGUAUCCGCACUCAGAAAACCACUGAUGCUUAUUUGGGGUCCGGUUGUCUGCUUAUAAUUCAUUUAUUAAUCAGGUGUGGGGCUUUACUAUUGUUCUUGAUUCACCCAAUAUAAAGAUGUUAUAUGGUUUGGGGUUUUUUUUGGUGAUGCGUGUUACGACGAGAUGAGCUGUAAAGGCCAAGGAAAAUAAAGAACAAGAACUGAAAAAA